AUGGCCAAGGCCCGUGUUUAUUAUGUGCAAUUUUGGACUCAGGUAUAUCAGUGUUUUGUGGGGCUGUAUAAGUCCCUCCAGAGCUUCUGGAGUGUCACUGUUAAGGGCUUUUUCAUUAAGAGGAAAGAGGAAAACCAUAUCCCGCAGAAUGAGAAUAUUUUCCACAAAGAAAAAAUUGUGGUACUUGGCCAAAUGUUGAAGGACAAAUCUCUAGCCCUUGAGAAGAGGGCACAAGCUGCCUACAGGAUUGGACUGCUGGCCUUCACAGGAGGACCAACUGCUGGGAAAUUUGCAGCUGAAUACAUGAAAGAAGUAGCUCACUUGCUGCAAGAUCACGAGAUGGCACCAAAAACAAGAAUCCAGCUCCUCCAGAGUGUAGCAUGUUGGUGUUACUUAAACCCUGUCAAUCAAAAAAGAGCCAAACAUCUGCAGUUUAUUCCCAUUCUCAUUGGGUUUUUUGAUAACAAACUUGAGUCUACCACCAAAAGUGAAAUCAACAGCAACCGCAUGGUUAAAUUUUGGACUUGCUACGUCCUCUCUGUCAUGACAUGCAAUAACCUGUCUUGCAUGCAGGAGCUUAAAAACCGCACAACUUUAAAACACCAACUGCAGAUGCUAGCUAGUGAGAACUGGUCUGGAUGGCCUGAGAAUUUUGCCGAGGUACUGUAUUUCCUAAUUGGUUUUCACAGGAAUUAA